UAUCAAAUGAACAAAAGACUUUAUAAUUUUAUUUCUUUUUUAUUUUCUCUUUCUCGGUGGCUGUCUUUGAUACAAAAAAUAUGAUAAAUUUAAUAUGCUCGCACUUGUUCUGUCUCUGUCCAAUGGAAAUCAAAUUGUUUUCAAUCAUACUUUUCCUGUCUCAUAUUAUGUUCUUUUGCCUCUUGAAGCUAUGAUCUUGCCUCGAAUCCCAAAAUCAAUCGGAAUAAUAGGAUCUGUACUUGCAUUUCGUUUGAUAUCGACAUCUAGUGUAAUGGCUUGUUCAGCAAAUCAAGGAAAUCCCGAGACUGCUCAAUCAGUCUAUGAAUUUUCCGUCAAUGACAUUAAGGGUGAACCAGUAAGUUUGGAGAAAUAUCGAGGUCAUGUUCUGAUUAUCGUUAAUGUAGCAUCGAAGUGUGGUUACACAGCUAAGCAUUAUGCUGAAUUGAAUGAAAUUUACGAUCAAUAUGCUGAAUCGAAAGGCUUGAGAAUCCUGGCCUUUCCAUGCAAUCAAUUCAAUAACCAAGAACCGGGAAAUUCCGAAGAAAUUCAAUGUUUCCUCAAGGAUCGCAAAGUAAAAUUCGAUCUUUUUGAGAAAAUUGAUGUUAAUGGAAAGGAUGCACAUCCAUUAUAUAAAUAUUUGAAGAAGGAACAAGGCGGAACUUUAAUCGAUGCCAUCAAGUGGAACUUCACAAAGUUCGUUGUUGAUAAGGAUGGAAAACCAGUCGGUCGACAUUCACCAAAUACUUCACCAAAAGAGAUGUUAAAAGAUGUUGAAAAAUAUUUUUAA